AGAGAGAGAAAGUAAGAACCUGUAAUUAGGAAAACACAAUUGUCAAUUUGCUUCAUCGUCCAUUUUUAUUUUCUUUCGAUAAUUUUCUUGUUCUUGUCUCUGUCUCUGUCUCUGUCUCUUGAAUGAUACCUUCUUCUUCUUCUCACUUCAAACUUGAAACCCAACAAAUAUAAUCCAAAAAAACUGAAUUCCCCCAAAAUUUCCGCCGGAAAACCGCUCUCGCCGCCGUGUCCGACGCCCAGAAGGAGCGUACACGUGGACGGUGGUGAUGGGGACGGAGGAGGGGAAUGGGAAAUGGGGCACCUGGGAGGAGCUCAUCCUCGGUGCGGCCGUUCUCCGCCACGGAACCCAAGACUGGAAGGUGGUCGCCGGCGAGCUCCGAGUCCGAACCCCUUGUCCUGAUGCUUUUACUCCAGAGAAUUGUGAAGCCAAGUAUGAAGAAUUUCUAAAGCGGUAUUCUGGGAGCACGGCUUGGUAUGAGGAGCUUAAGAAGGCUAGAAUAGCAGAGCUGAAGAGAGCUCUGGAGCAAUCUGAUAAAAAGAUUGGGGCUCUUGAGUCGAAGCUUGAAUCCCUCAAGGCUGAGAAGAAUGAAAAAAUAGAUGAUCGUCAUGUUGAAAAUGGCUCAGGAAGUCCAGCAUCACAUGAACCUUCACAGAAGUUGGAGAGAGUUGAAUCUUCCAAUAAAGAGCUUUCGAAGGAUGGGCUAUCUGCUGGGAGUUUCACGCAUGAAACCAGGACAACAAACUGGUCUCCUGAACGCCAGGUUCCAGCCGAGGAUACCGAGACUAAGCCUGAAGCUUCACACUCUAGUGAGCAGGUUAAAGUUUUGAAUGUAGAUAACUUGACAAAUACUAUUUAUGAGGGACAAGUAGGAAGUCUGAAGAAAAGAAGAGGAAAGAGGAAGAGGAAGGAUUGUGGCAGAAAUAUUAAGGAAGCAGCAAGUAUGGGAGAAAGUGACUUAUUGGAUUCAGCUGAUGUAGUGUCCUUGUGUAAAGAAAGUUCUACCAGCAACUAUGAUGAAGUUGCCAAGUCUUCUGGUGUAGAUGAUCAAAUCAAGAACUUGAAAAAGACUGGGGCAGGAGAAAUAAUGGAGAUGUUAGAUUCUAUUUUCGAAACUCAAGGAGCCUCCGCCUUCCGACGCAGACUUGAUAGUCAGAAGAGAGGAAAGUACAAGAAGAUGAUCCGGCGGCACAUGGACUUCGACACCAUAAGGUCAAGGAUUAGCGACAAAACAAUCAAGUCAGCUAGAGAACUUUUCCGGGACCUGCUGCUACUGGCUAACAAUGCUCUAGUCUUCUACUCCAAGAGCACUCGCGUGUAUAAAUCUGCUAUGCUGCUAAGAGACCUUGUCACCAAAAAAAUGAGGGAGACUUCCAAGGGUAUUAGCAGCAGCAAAGUCACCACCACCUCCGAGGCUAAUGAGUCUUCAAAAUUACCUGUGCAAAAUCCUCGUGUGAAACCAAGAAGUGUACGCCCGGGUAACAGAAAAAUUGUUGCUAAGGCAACUGGUGGCAACAACUCUGCAUCUGGGGUGUCUGAUGGAGCUAAGAAACCCUGUAAAGUUGAUUCUCCUUCCCCAGUGGAAUCCUUAACUGUUAAGAAGAAAGCUUUUGGUCGACCGAAAAAGGUUGGACGUGGAACCGCAGGACCAAAGCCUGCAACACCAUUGAAAGGGAAGAAAAGAGUUAGAACAAAGGGAUAGUUUUUUCUUGUGUUUGGAUACCAGUUGAAUGCUACACAAACAAACUUUAUCCAUAAGAAGAGUUGCGCUCACUUUUUGUUGUCUCGAAGUGAGUGCUAACAUCCGUUUGCACCCGUGUCUAUAGGUAUCCAAACAUAGCUUUAGACAAUAGGUCUGGUUCUUUGUACAAAGGUUUUUCCUUUUGGGUUAGAACUUUUUUGUUUGCUUUAGUGAAGGACAAAGGUUCAUGCAUCAUCUAGAGGAAUUCGGGUAAGGUGCAAGAGGGAACUAACUACAACAAAUGUAUGAAAUAGUUCUAAAUUAUAGUUAACUUAUGAGGAUAAGUUUAUUAAUGUAGUCUUUUGAUUUUGUUUCUUGCCAGCA